AUGACUUCUAAACUGAGACUUAAGCUUUUAUAUGUAUUUUUUCUCGCAGCGCUCUGUUCAGCGGGAACUUACAUGUCUAUUUUCUUAUCCAAAAACUUACUUCUUACCAAGACGGAAAUUGGACUUUUAUUUUCGGUGACACCUUUCGUUGAGUUCUUUAGCUCCGGGCUUUGGACUUCACUUGCUGACAAGUAUAAUACGCACCGCAUAAUACUUUUAUCAUGCAUAUCCUGCACGACAAUGUUCUUGAUCGCUAUUCCGACGUUUGGAAGAAUAUAUGGAUUUGCGGGUUUAAUUAUCUAUUAUCCUAUUAUUUCUUUGUUUAGUGGUGGAAUAUCACCAUUAGUAGAUAACUUUACUUUAGGUACGCUGAAGAAAUCAGGAGAACAGAUAGAGUAUGGUAAACAGCGUCUGUGGGGCACGAUAUCCUGUGGAAUCAUUGCUUCUGUUAUGGGAUACUUGAUAGAUCGCACUUCCAUUUAUAUCAUAUUUGUCGGCUACAUGUGCUCUAUGAGCGCAUUUGCUAUAUGCAUAUACUACAUCAACCCAAUCGAUUUUGAAAUGUGCCGAAAUGAUACAGUCAUUGCCUUAAAAGACAUGGCAUCUGAUGAUGGCAUAUCAUUACCAAAGAAUAAUUCAUAUUUAUCCACCAUUACGUUCGAGCUUCUUAGGAAUCCUCGAUUUAUGUUUUUCCUAUUCAUCGUACUGUCAAUCGCUGUGGCAAAGGCAGUGGCGGCAACCUAUCUUUUUUUAUAUCUCUCAGAAUAUUUCAAAGCUAGUGGAACCCUAUUGGGUCUAAGUUCAAUGAUGGGCGUUUCAUUGGAAGUCGUGUUUUUUUAUUUUUCCAAACACAUAAUGGCACUAAUGGGCCCAAAAAGUAUGUUAAUUGUCGGUCAACUUGCUUUGAUCGUCAGAUUGGGCCUAUAUGGAUUCCUCGGAACGAGUUUAAACCCAUGGAUGGCUUUACCCAUAGAAAUGGGUAUCUUAUUUGCGUUGGUAUGGCCCGCUGGAGUUGAAAUUACUUAUAAUUUUGCUCCAAAGUCACUUCGGGCGACAUCACUCGGUAUUUUUUCUGGUGUGUUUAACGGUUUGGCAUACGGGAUUGGUUCCAUUAUUGGAGGUUUUAUCUAUUCCAAGUUUGGCCCUAUAAAAAUGUUCCAAGCUACGACGUUAUUAUCCUUGUUUACACUGAUUUUAUAUAUUGUCACUGAGAAAUUAUUCGUUGCUGAGAAAGAAGUAGUUCACCUUUACACUUCUCUCGAUGUUCAAAAUGAUGCAAGUAUUAAUUUAGAUGAAGAAAAUGAUGAAUAA